AUGGCAAGAAUAAAAUCAAUGGAAUAUUUCCGGGUUCCUCCCCGGUGGCUAUUUGUCAAAGUCACUGAUGAAGCUGGCAAUGUUGGCUGGGGCGAAGCCUCAUUGGAGGGUCACACAGAAGCUGUGGAAGGCUGCCUGGAUUCAUGGUUUGAGAAAUUCAAGGGAACUGAUGCUGAUAAAAUCGAACAUAUUUGGCAAAGUGGAUGGCGCACAGGUUUCUACCGUGGAGGACCAGUUUUUAUGAGUGCGCUUUCAGGGAUUGACAUAGCGUUGUGGGAUUUGAAAGCUAGAAAGCUUGGUGUUCCUAUCUAUGAGCUCCUAGGUGGCAGAUUGAGAGAAAAGAUCAAGGUAUACGCAUGGAUUGGAGGGGACCGCCCAGACCAAGUCAAGGAACAAGCUCAAGCCCGGAAAGAACAAGGUUUUCAAGCUGUGAAAAUGAACGGGACUGCCGAUAUUUGUUGGCUUGAUUCCCCGUCAACUCUGGAUGAUGUUGCGUUGAGGUUACAGGCUGUCAAAGAGACUGGUAUGGAUGCUGCUAUCGAUUUUCAUGGCCGUGUUCACAAACCGAUGGCAAAGCAGCUUGCAACGCUUGUCCAGCCUUAUCGACCAUUCUUCAUUGAAGAGCCACUUCUACCUGAGCAUAUAGGUGGCAUAAAGGAGAUCUCACAGCUCAUAAGCUGUCCCAUAGCAUUGGGGGAGCGACUCUACAGUAGGUGGGAUGUCCGGCCUUUUCUUGAAGCUGGAUGCGUCGACGUACUGCAGCCGGACAUUUGUCAUGUCGGUGGCAUUUCGGAACUCAGACGGGUUGCGGCAAUGGCCGAGGUAUAUGAUGUUGCCCUGGCUCCUCACUGCCCGCUUGGACCCAUUGCAUUAGCAGCAUGCAUACACAUAGAUACAGUGUCAGCCAACUUUGCGAUUCAGGAGAUGGGACUCGGAAUGCAUUAUAACAACACUGGGCAGGAUAUUGGUACCUAUGUGAUGAAUCCAGAGGUCUGGCAGGUCACAGAAGGCUACAUCAGUGUUCUUUCAGGACCAGGGUUAGGUAUUGAGAUCAACGAGCCGCUGGUUCGAGAAUUAAGUCAGGGCUGCAAGCCUUGGGAACCGCCCAGUUUCAGAGGGCCAUGCGGGGAGAUCCGUGAGUGGUAG